AUGAAUACUGAAUCCAAGGAACUAGGUGACCCAGGAGACAAAGAUUGCGAUGGGAUACCUGAUGAAAUCGAUGAAGAUAUGGACAAUGACGGCAUGCUGGACAGAACACAAGACUCGGACUGGGAUGGCACACUCAACUGGGUAGACGAUGAUGAUGAUGAUGAUGGUGAGUUUACUAUCUUCACAUCGUCUGACCGUUUUUGCGAAAAAAACCUACUUCCAUUUCGAGUGAAAGUGUUUGGUGAAGAGAUUCGAAGGUCUAUUCCACCAGAAGACAACGGCGGAUUCCUUUUGACCAGCUGUCGAUUGGCUUUACUGGAAGAUAAUGCUGACGCUGUUUCCAAGGUAAUCUCCUUUGAUUUUGGUGAAAAGGUGCUAAGCUUUCGUCCGCCACACGACCAAUAUCAUCAGAGCAAGGUAUCAUCGCUACAACCCAAUUCAAGAUGA